AUGUAUGCUGAUAGCAGCUUUCCCUCGCCGACGACAGAGGGAUCGGGCACCGCUACUGGCGGCCUGGGUGAGGAGGAGCAGGAGAAAGGGGAGGACGAUGUCAUUGACCCCAGCUUUCUUUCUACUUUUGAUAAUGAUGAAAGCAUAGACUACGGUGGUGGUGAGGCAACUCCUGAUCUGUACGCUGUACUUGGCGUGGGGAAGGACGCCUCAGAAGCCGAGAUUCGGGCAGCGUAUCAUCGUCUAUCACGCUUUUUACACCCAGACAAGCAUGUCGCCUCAACUGAAGCCGACUCUGUUCCCGGUGAUGGAGGGAGCGCUGCUAUUCUUGCGAACGCCGAGGCUGCUUUCGGCCGUCUUACUACCGCCUACAAUAUUCUCUGCGAUCCUCACAAGCGCGCAAUUUAUGACCAAUAUGGAUUUCACGGUAGGUACUGUCAUACACCGAAAUAA